GCCCUGAGCUGCACAGUUGGAGGGUGAGUGUGUCCCUGCUGAUCUGAGCUCUGCAGGCCACAGGGACCCAUGUCUUCCUGAGGCGUCUCCAGGCCUGGGUGGCACUGUCCAUGAACCUUGGCCUCCUCCAUCUGCUCAGCUGAGGCCACAGAAAGAAGACGCCAUGACCGCCACCCUCAGGGCCCUGCUCUGCCUCGGGCUGAGUGUGGGCCUCAGGACCCCAGUGCAGGCAGAGACCCUCCCCAAGCCCACCAUCUGGGCUGAGCCAGGCCCUGUGAUCCCCAGCGGGAGCCCCAUGACCAUCUGCUGUCAAGGAACACGAAAGGCUAAGGAGUACCUAAUUUAUAAAGAGGGAAGCCCAGCACCAUGGAAAGAACAGAAGUCACUGAAGCCUGGGGACAAGGCCAAGUUCUCCAUCACACGCAUGACAGAGCGUGAUGCAGGGAGAUAUCGCUGUUACUACCUCAGCCCCACUGGCUGGUCAGGGCACAGUGACCCCCUGGAGCUGGUGGUGACAGGAUUCUACAGCAAACCCAGCCUCUCAGCCCUGCCCAGCCCUGUAGUGCCCUCAGGAAGGAAUGUGACCCUCCAGUGUGGCUCAGGGCAGGGAUUUGACAGGUUCAUUCUGACUAAGGAAGGAGAUCACAGGCUCUCCUGGGCCCUGGACUCACAGCCACAUUCCAGUGGGUGGUCCCAGGCCCUGUUCCCUGCAGGUCCUGUGACCCCCAGCCACAGGUGGAUGUUCAGAUGCUAUGGCUGUUACAGGAACAGCUCCCAGGUGUGGUCACACCCCAGUGAUGACCUGGAGCUCCUGGUCUCAGGUGAGGGAGCACCUGACACUAACCCCUCCUCCAUGGAACCUGGGUCCCCAGCUGUUGAAAAUGGUAGUGCCUAUGUUCUGUAUAAAGACAGGCGCUCUGAGCCCUGGGAUACGAGGAUCCCACAGGACUCCAGCAUCAAGGCAGGUGUCCUCAUUGGAGCCACGACCUCAACACAUGCAGGGCUGUACCAGUGUGCAUAUUACACCACCGAGGACAUACUCUCAGAGCUGAGUGACCCCCUGAUCCUGGUGGUGACAGGUAAGGGAGACACCAGGUCCCUCCCCACUGUGGGCUCCAGGUCACAGGCAGAGGGAAUACAGUGUGGGCUCAGGGGGACCUCACCCCUCACAGAACACACCUGGGGCGUGAGGGUGACGGUCCCUUUAACACAGACCCUUUCUCCUCCCUCAGGAGUGGGCAGUGCACCCUCCCUCUCAGCCCAGCCAAGCCCUGUGGUGUCCUCAGGAGGGAACAUAUCCCUCUCCUGUAGCUCACAGCUCCCAUCGGGCCAUUUCCAUCUGCUGAAGGAUGGAGGGGCUGACCCGCCCCAACACAUGGAAGCAGAACCCAGGAUGCAUGCUGGGAGGUGGCAGGCCCAGGCCAUCUUCCUUCUGGGCCCCGUGAGCCCCUCCCAUGGGGGGACCUACAGAUGCUAUGGUUCUUCCAGCUCCUACCCCAACGUGUGGUCACAGCCCAGUGACCCUCUGCACAUCGAGGUCACAGGUGUGCACAGGGAGCCCGCCCUCUCAGCCCAGCCAGGCUCGCUGGUGCUGCCUGGACACAGCCUGACCCUCCAGUGCCACACGGAGGCCGGCUUUGACACAUUCGCUCUGACCAAGGAUGAGGGGCUCGCACCCCCCCAGCGCCUCGAUGGGCAGCACAGCCCCCUCUUCCCCCUGGGCCACGUGAGCCACACCCACGGGGGCCGGUACCGAUGCUACA